AUGAAGAGCUGCUCACUGCUCGUUGCUAUCUUUUUAUUUGCAACCGAUGCUUGCAACUGCUCAAGCUGGGACCUACCGUUUUGCCAGCAGCUUCGAGACUGGGACAACGAAUUGCUGUGCUACAAAGAAGUGAGUGAGGACCUGACGUGUACCUGGCUGUCAGUGCCCAGCGCUCCAAAUACUCUUACUUACACGUUAACCUUAAAAUGGGAAAGGAUCACAAAACUUUUGCAAAGAAACACAUCCUCGCCUUUCAUCACGAUAGAGCGGAAGAAUCUUUACAUGAGCCGCUCCGCAUCUAUUUGGAUAGUUGUGAAUUACGCCCAGGAGAGCUGUUUCAUAGGAAGGAACAUCUCAGUUACACCAAGCAAAGCAGAGAGGUGCCUGACACCGUCUAACAUAAACGCUCACCAGAUCACAAAUCAAGUGAUGAUAAAUUGGGACCUGCCUGUCACUCCUACAAAAUACGAGCUGAGAUACAAAGAAGCACUCCCAGACUCUGCUCCGUGGACCUUGGUGACCAUAGAAAGCAAUGCUGUCAAUACCACCGUUUCAAACUUAAAUGUUACAUCUUCAUACAUCAUUCAGCUCAGAUGCAGAGCCAGGGCAGAUGGACAGCCAAGACAUCACUGUGUCUGUGCUUGGAGCAGAGAAAUUUUGGUCCCUCACAAGCUCACUAACAAGCCAACACUAUCAUAUAACACAACUACAGAAAUCUCUCCAGGCAGAAGACGUGUUCUUCUUAAAUGGGAGGUAGCACAAAGCAGGAAUGUCCUUGGAUACUACGUUAAUGUACAAAGAGUACCCAACAACUGCAGGCAUCUACCAAAACGCCUCGUUCUAAAGCACCAAGAAAUUCUUCUGAAUCUCUCUAUGGCUUAUUAUACAAUUAAUAUUUCUGCCUAUAACCAAGCAGGAGAAUCUCCACAAACUACUUACAUUGUCCCGGAUUUCUAUACAACAGACUUGCCUGGCCAAAUCAUCGUCAGACCUCAAGGAACCACGACAGUUGUCACCUGGACUCCAGAAUACAGUCCAAAAUGUUUUGUGGUUGACUGGGGCACCAGUAAAGAAGAUAUGCACAUGAAAAUAAUACCUGCAACUACUGGAAGCUUCACACUAGACAAUAUUCAGCCAUAUAAGUUAAACAAAAUAAUGCUACAUGGAUCUGAUGCUUGUCACUGUGAAACUUUUGCAAGAUAUGAAAAGACUUUUGGAGUGGCCCGCUUUUACUCUGUUGAAGGAGUUCCUAGAAUAGGUCCCACUAACGUGACAAUUCUGAAUAUCACAAAGCAUACUGCACUUGUGCGGUGGACUGAAAUAGGUGCCGAAGACUGUCUGGGCUUCCUCCAGGGCUACAAAAUAAGCUACAUAGAUUCAGCAAGAACAAAAUCUCCAGUUGUUACUGUCAAUUCUUCUACUACGCGGUACCUUCUCACUGGACUUCAGGAAAGGACUAUCUACCGUGUGCAGGUUUCGGGAUUCACCAGUGCUGGAGAAGGACCUGGGACUCUUUCACAGCCUUUCAGGACUCCAAAAUAUGGCAAAGGGGAAUUCGAAGGUUUUGUGACCGGCCUUUACUUCGGCAUGAUGAUCAUUGUGGUUUUUGCACCUCUUACUUGUUCUCUGGUGCUUAAAAGGGGGAAAACCUGGUGCUGGUCUAGUCUACCAAAUCCAGGAGACAGCACUGCAAUCCAAGAUAUGACUAAUUGGAAACCCAUUUCACGAUCACUGCUUCAGGCCCUAACAGAAAAUGAUACCACCAAUGUGUAUGUCAUAGAGCAUGAGUCAAAGGUUCCUUUGAAAGCAGAGCUGUUUACAGAUGAUGUAGAAGACAACAAGAGUGACACAUUCCAGUCAGAAAGACUUAGAAAUAACAUAGACAUAAGCCUAAGGCAUGCACAACUCCCCGAAAAAGCUGUUACAAGUGAAAAUGAAGGAGUCAUUUCCAUUACAGUACCACUCCUGAGUGACUACACCAGCAUGGAGUUCAGCCAGAAAGCCCUGAUGAGUCUGACAGUGAAGCUGCCUGCAAGAGCUGCCCAUCCUCAUUUGGAAAUGGAGCUAAGCAGCAACCCAACAAAAACUGAGCAACAUGUUUUGUUUGCUGCUCAGGACUACCUGAAACAAAGCCAGGUAGUAUUUAUGCCACCUGGACAGCUUUAAGAGGACAUGUCAAUUUGAACUGAAGUAUUUUCA